AUGGCCAAAUGCAUCCUCAAGCAGUCACUGCAGGCUCUCGACUUUCUGCAUGACAACGGUAUCGCUCAUGGGGACCUCCAUCCGGAAAAUAUCCUCUUUGCCCUAAACGAAAUCGACUCCAAGUCUAAGGGGCGCUCAGACAAGACGAAGACGCUAGACGCGAAGCAGGAUAAGUGGGCUCCUUGCUACCUCUGUAUUCCGCAGUCAUUGGCCACAUUUACCUCAUCAUGGCCAAGGUUUCAAGGUCAAGUUUUCCGACAUGGCGGCGCAUACUUCCUGAUGAGUCCGCCAGCAAGGCCCGUUACACCUCUGGGCCUCCGAGCCCCGGAGCUAAUCCUCUGCGGAACUGUCAGCAAAACGCUUUACAUCUGGGCCUGGGGCUGCGUCGUCUCUGAGCUAGUCACCGGCGAACCACUCUUCUGCGUUCCCGGGGACGGUUUCGAAGACGACGAACAUCUCCCGGGACUCAUUGAGCAACUCAGCCCUUUGCCUGAUGAGUCCUUCCAGAAGAGGGAGUCCUCUUCACUUUACUUCACGCCCGACGGGAGGCGUUUCAACUCCCUGCUCGACGGCGUUGCAGGGGGAGAAGAGCCGCUUGUCCUGGAGCAGGAGACGGUGGACGAGCGCAGCAAGGUGAAAUCACUGCUUCGACGGGUUUUGCAGUAUGAUUGA